AUGUCUGCCCCGCCCGUUACCGUCGAGGUGGAUACUGGGCUCGACAGUGACUCGGCCUAUGGAGAUGAGAUUUCCAAAUACACCGCGUCACUUACCUCGACGGUCCUUGAGUCUCGAAAGGAGAAUGGAAGAACAUAUCAUGGAUACCCCUACUACAUGCCCAAUGACGAGAACGAAAAGGAGCGGCUGGAUAUGAUGCAUGAAUUGAUGCUGACGAUGAUGGGUCGGAAACUCUUCCUGUCACCGAUCGGUUCCUCACCUCAUCGUGUAUUGGACCUAGGUACAGGUACGGGAAUGUGGGCGAUGGAAUUUGCGGACCAAUUUCCUUCCUCGGAGGUCAUCGGGAUAGAUCUGAGCCCCAUUCAGCCAAGUUUUGUUCCACCGAAUGUCAGAUUCAUAAUUGACGAUUUCGACGACACAUGGGUAGAAAAAGAUCUCGACUUCAUCCACGGCCGCUACUUAGCCGGUUCUUCUAAGGAUUUUGCUAAACUUCUACGGGAGUGCUACAACAAUGCUGCUCCAGGAGGAUGGGUCGAGUUCCAGGAGUGGGACACAGGGUUGUUUUCUGAAGAUGGAAGCACGGACGGUACAUCGAUCAAGCAAUAUUACGAGAUUCUGAAUUCAGAGUUUGCGAAAAUAGGCCGUGUCAUAAAUACCGGUCCGCGGUUGGAGGGCUGGAUGCGCGAUGCGGGAUUUAAGAAUAUCCAAGUCAAGAAAUAUCUGGUCCCCAUGGGAGCUUGGCCGAAGGACAAACAUCUGAAGACUCUGGGUGCAUGGAACUUCGUGGAGGCAGAGAGUGGCUUCGAGGCGGGUGUUAUGGCCGUACUCACCAGACAUGCUGGAUGGAGCAAGGAAGAAGUGGACGUUCUUGUCGCGAAGACUCGUAACGAUGCGAAGAAUCCUGCCAUUCAUACAUUGUUCAACUUCUAUGUUGUCUACGGCCAGAAAGAAGAAUGA